CCACCGUUGCCAUGGCGAUCAAACUGUCACUUCCUUACGUCAGUUCUAUGUUUCGCCUAAAUGAGAGAAGUAUCCCAGAAGGCACCGCUGUAAAAACAUAGUGAUUACAGGAAAUCAGGAGACAGCGUGAUGAGCUCUAAACAUCAGAAGUCAUAAUGCAGAUGACUUUAGUGUCCAUCACAGUGUGGCUUACACACUUCCUCAUAGCCUCAUCUCUCAAUUACAACACACCAACUGCAGACACCCAGGAGAACAAUACUGAAGUCAUAAAAAUCACUGGAGCAACCACAAAAACAAGCAUGCAUACAACAGCUUUGUCCCCACCGGUCACGACAUCACAGGACAACACAAUAAUAACAACAGAUUUGGCUGGUGAAGCACAAACACAUGCAAGUUCAACUCUGAAAGCGACCUCCACAGAGGAAACAGUACCUAUGCAUCAAUCUCAGAAUGACUUCAUGGAUACUGCAAAUACAACAGAUGGUGAAAGAAAUACGGUUAUGUUUCAAACAGACACAAGUGUAACAGAUACAACCGUUUCAUUUUACUUUGCAAGGCUGACACCACAAAAGGACGACAAAAAUGAAACAGGAAGACGGUCAAGUGCACACGACACGGGUUACGAUGAUGAACACAGCAGUCUGGGCUCAGUUACUCAAACACAGACUGAAGGCAUCUGGGAUACCACACCAGACAAGCAGCCAACAUCAGAACCGCUCAACAGUGCCCAAACAGCAUCGUGGAAAGACUGGACUGUAGAAAGCAACGCAACAAUGAAAGAAAAUUACGAAAUGAGCUCCACCCAGGCAGCAUUUGCUAAUUCGAACAAGGAGUCAACAACACAAGGCACAACUGGAAGUGACGGCCUCAUGACUGAUCAUACAGUUCAAACACACAGAGAGGAACAUUACAACACAACAGAUACAACUUCUGCAACACCAACAAUAGACAGCAACUUUAUAACUUCUCAAAACUCAGACGUACCCAUGACCACAACCUUGCAUACCCUAAAUUUUACAGAAACAGCUGAAAAUCACAGCGUAACACCUGUCAAUGAAAUGAAAAGUGGUGGACGCUGGACGGGACAGUCCAGCACAGAGGACAGUGGGGUAAAUGAAUCUACAACACAAUAUAUAGUCACAAACUCUACAGCGCACACAGGAAGAGAAAAUAGGACACUAGUUACCUUAGACACACCCAGUGACACCCCAGAUAUCAACAACAGCUCCAUCGUAGCUGAAGUUGUAACAGACAUAAAUGUCACAUCAAUUAAAACUGACACAAAUCACAGACUUUGGCCUAAAUGUUUCGACACAAACUCAAAACAAACUCAAUUGCAAUCAAAACUGGUGUGCUUUAUUACACUGUGGACGUUGGCCAUCACUGCUACGAUAUUCCUAGGAAUAAGCAUUUUCCUGUGGGUCCGUAUUUCGGUUGUAAAAAAAAGGAUGACGAUUAGUGGAAGAAGGCAGGUGGAAAAAGGUGGACCGGGGGAGAGGGAGAGCCUGUGGGCCGAUCCAAAAACAUCAGUACAGGAGAGAGUGGAAUUCUGGUAUGUCAACGGAUCAACGUUGGAGGCAGACAGGAAGGAGAGGGGAAGAAAGAGGGAGGAGAGGAUCAAGAGGAAAAAACAGGAACAGAAUCAGAACGAGAACGAGUUGUGGAUUCAGCCAAGAGUGACUGUGGAUGAUUUAACAGAGUUUUGGUACGCAAAUAGAAGAAUUAAGGAGGAGAGGACAGAAAGACAUUGAAAGACUGCUGGAGAAUAGAGUUUAGACAGUUCUACCUCCAGGAAUCAGCCUGUAUAUAUAAACACGUUGAUGGACAGUUAAGGGCGGUUUCCUGGACAGGGCUUAUCCUAGUCCCAGACUAAAAUGCAUGCUUGAGCUGUCUUCAUUUAAAGGGACAUCCCACUUUUUUUUGAAAAUAUGCUCAUUUUUCAGCUCCCCUAGAGUUAAACAUUUGAUUCUUACCAUUUUGCAAUCCAUUCAGCUGAUCGGUCUGGGGCUAGCACUUUUAGCAUAGCUUAGCAUAAUCCAUUGAAUCUUAUUAGACCAUUAGCAUUGCGCUAAAAAAUAACCAAAGAGUUUCGAUAUUUUUCCUAUUUAAAACUUGACUCUUCUGUAGUUACAUCAUUAACUUAGACCGACAGAAAAUUAAAAGUUACGAUUUUUUAGUCAGAUAUGGCUAGGAACUAUACUCUUAUUCUGGCGUAAUAAUCAAGGACUUUGCUGCCGUAACAUGGCUGCAGGAGGCGCAAUGAUAUUACGCAUUGCCCGAAAGUCCCCUUGAUAACUUUCAAUAGCAGGGGUCUAUUUUUUAGGCAGUGCGUAAUAUCAGACUCGGAGAUCAAUUGAAUGGAUUCCAAAAAGGUAAAAAAAUCAAAUGUUUAACUCUAUGAGAAGUGGAAAAUUAGCAGAUUUCCAAAAAAAGUGGAUUGUCUCUUUAAAAACAUCUUGUACUGACAUAUCUGAACAUAUAUCAGUGCCACUGUUUUGUCUUAAGAUGCACACCAAUUUUGUUUUUGUAAGGUUUAUUUGUAAAAACUACUUAAUAAUAUGUAAUAAUAACUGUAAUAAUAUAACUAAGGCCUAGUCCUGGAUUAAUCUAAACCCUGUCUGGGAAACCGACCCUUUAUGUAAGAAAAUAAUUCUGAUAGUAACAUAGUAAGAUCUGCUGGCUUGAUCUUACACUUUUGGUUGUCUGAGGACAAUUCACAAACUGAGAAGAAAGUAUAAAGUAUAUUGGAAAGUGAUGAUGAGUUAGUUGAUUCAGUUGGGUGGAUAACAUUAAGAAAUGAGAAAAACUGAAAAGUCGCCCGACCGAAGAAAGCUUAACAGGGUUUCCCCUGAUCUUUAUAGGAAAGAGUGGGGAGCUCCAUUUAUACCACAUAAUUUUACUCCAUCACUUUAGCAUAGGAACAUGUACAUUUUAAAAGAUUCCUUUCUUGAGCUUACAAAUUAGUUUGUAUGCAUUUCUUUUUAAUUUUGAUAUUUGUUUUCUACUUAUUUAUUACAUUAAACUGCAAUGUUUAAAGGAACAUC